AAUUAAUCCCUUCUCAAACAAAAAAAAAACUCAUUCUUCUUCCUCUGUUUUUUUUCUCAAAAUUUUUCUCUGUUUUUUUCAGGAAAAAGAAAAGCACAGUUAAUUAAUUAUGGCGUUCGUUUUAGUAUCAGGAAAAUCCAGCAAAGCACAAUUAGUAGCGAUAGCAGAUGCAGCUUCGUUUUACUGUGCUAUUUUUGUAUUGGGUUUGCUUUUGAUUAGUUCAGUGAAAGAGAAUUAUUCAACUGAUGGAGCCGUAAUGAAAGGGAAUCAGUUCUUGAGUCGGCCUUGUGAUGAAAUUUAUGUGGUUGGAGAAGGAGAAACGUUACAUACGAUUAGUGAUAAGUGUGGUGAUCCUUUUAUUGUUGAGGAGAAUCCACAUAUUCAUGAUCCUGAUGAUGUUUUUCCAGGUCUUGUUAUCAAAAUCACUCCUAUAAACACAUCGUAGAUAUCUAAUUUACUAGGUUUUUUGUUUUUCCCUAAAUCCUGCGAGCAGAGCAGAGUAGAGAUAACUCUGCUUUGCUCGCGGAGAUUAGAUUUUUUCUCAUGGGAAUUAAUUUUUUCUUUUUGGGCUUGUGUAAAUUAAUGAUGAGAAUAAAGAUGGUGGAGUUGAGACUUGAGCUAUAGAGGUUCAAAAGAUCUUGUAAUUUUAUUAGAUAAGUAUAUAUAUAUUAAUAUUAGUAGUAUAUGCUUUGGUUAUU